UCUAUCUCUAUUUUGUAUUUCAAUUAACCUCAAGUGCAGGUUUUACAUAACUAACACUUCAUCAUGUUGUCGCGAUCGGUAUGGAGGAAUCUAGGCUAUAAUGCCCGUCGGAGAACAGCCAUCGCCGAGGUUCCCUACCGCUGCUUUUCCUGUUCGCAGCGAGCUCAAGCGGACUCCAACAAGGCCAACCAUGAUGAGCGGAUGACCCAUUUUGGCUUUAGCAACGUUCCCGAAUCGCAGAAGGAGUCUAUGGUUGGAGCGGUCUUCAGCUCAGUGGCUUCUUCCUACGAUGCUAUGAACGAUUUCAUGUCCCUCGGGAUCCAUCGCCUGUGGAAAGAUCAUUUUGUUCGCUCCUUGAACCCUGGAUCAGCGCUCCCAUCACGCAACACCGACACAACAGGAAAAGGGUGGAAUAUCCUGGAUAUCGCCGGCGGGACGGGCGAUAUCGCGUUUCGCAUGCUGGACCACGCGACUAACAUUAACCACGACCAUCAGACCCGUGUCACAAUUGCUGAUAUCAAUCCGGAUAUGCUUGCCGAGGGCAAAAAGCGGAGCAUCCAGACCCCUUACUACAACACGGAGCGUUUAUCUUUCAUGCAGGGCAAUGCCCAGCACAUGCCCGACAUUCCCGAUAACUCAGUCGACCUCUACACGGUUGUCUUCGGCAUUCGCAACUUCACCGAUAAACAGGCCGCCUUACACGAAGCAUUCCGGGUGUUGAAGCCCGGGGGUGUGUUCGCUUGUAUGGAGUUCAGCAAGGUAGAGAACAGCGUAUUCAAUGCGGUCUACAAGCAGUGGAGUUUCAGUGCCAUCCCCAUGAUCGGUCAACUGGUGGCGGGAGAUCGGGACAGCUAUCAGUAUCUAGUGGAGAGUAUCGAGAAGUUCCCCAGCCAGGAAGAAUUCCGGGGUAUGAUUCAGAAGGCCGGUUUCAUGAUCCCUGGCCGGGGAUUCGAGAAUCUCACCGGCGGAAUCGCGGCUAUUCACAAGGGUAUUAAGCCUAUUUCCACGGCUUGAGAGUUGCAUGACGGGUGAACAAAAGACAAUGGGAAAAAAAAAUAUUUGUAUAGUACUAAUCUCCUAGAUGGCAAUGUAACAGUAACAAUCAACCAUUUUGUACAGGACGGGGAUCUGCAAAAGCGUCAGCGCAGGUGGCGAUGGUGUCAUGACGGAAGCUAUUGGAGCCGAGACUCGGAGGACGCACGAAAGGAGGGGAUUGUUUGCCCUUGGAACGGACUCUUAGGAUAUUAAAUCAUUGGAGCGUUAGCGUG